ACCAAAUUAAGCGACCAAAGUUGGAUUUUCAGUGUGACAACUUCAUCAACCGAACGAUCUCACCCAUCAACGCCCAGUCUCUCCACCGUCAACUAACCCCCAGAGACCAUCACGACAAUCGGCAAAAAUGGCGGACAACGACUCCCCCGUCACCCUCCGAACUCGCAAGUUCAUCCGCAACCCUCUGCUGGGCCGCAAGCAGAUGGUCGUUGACAUCCUCCACCCCAACCGUGCCAACAUCUCCAAGGAGGAGCUCCGCGAGAAGCUCGGUUCUCUCUACAAGGCCCAGAAGGACCAGAUCUCCGUCUUCGGUCUCCGAACCCAGUACGGUGGCGGCAAGACCACCGGCUUCGCUCUCGUCUAUGACUCCCCCGAGGCCAUGAAGAAGUUCGAGCCCCAGUACCGAUUGGUGCGGGUUGGUCUCGCCACCAAGGCCGAGCGUGCCUCCCGACAGCAGCGCAAGCAGCGCAAGAACCGACAAAAGACCCUCCGUGGUACGGCAAAGGUCAAGGGUGCCAAGGCCAAGAAGGAGAAAUAGACGAUUCGAUGACUUGGCUUGGGCUUGUGUAUAUCCUCGGGCUGGUUGGGGAGCAGCUAUGGCUGCGUGCAUGCGGUGGUGCGUCCAUUUACGGUCCAUCCUCGUCGGCGUCGGCAUCGGCAUAGGGUACAGGGACUUGCUGGGCGGACGCUGGGGGCUAUUCUGGACUCGGUGAGGAGGAUUGCUUUCAUCAGCGUCUUUCCUCGAUUACACUAGCAUGAAAUCAAUGGUGUUCUUCGGGUUUCGGACCAAAAUAAAAAAUAACAACGUCUCUGGUUUACGCGGGUUUUCA